AUGCAUAAGUUUCCAGUAAAUGAAGAGUUUGCUCUGAAGCCAACGGCCCCAAAAAUUGCUGGCUCAGGGGUGAUUGUUGGUGGUGAUAAGGUCAUUUGUGCCUAUGAUCUUGUUGAACAGAUGGAAUAUCUGUAUGUUCGGGUUGUUAAAGCAAAAGAAUUACCUGCAAAGGACGUUACUGGUUCUUGUGAUCCUUAUGUUGAAGUCAAGCUAGGUAACUACAAGGGAGUCACAAAACAUUUUGAAAAAAAGUCGAAUCCCGAGUGGAAUCUUGUCUUUGCUUUUUCCCAGGAUCAGCUUCAAGCAUCAUCUGUUGAAGUGGUUGUGAAAGAUAAGGAUGUCGUGUUAGACGAUUUCAUUGGUGGGAUUUCCUUUGGUCUUGUCGAUAUCCCUAGACGAGUUCCUCCAGAUAGUCCUUUGGCACCGCAGUGGUAUAAAUUGGAAGAUAAGAAAGGGGAAAAACUGAAGAAGGGUGAAAUUAUGCUUGCCCUUUGGAAAGGAACUCAGGCAGAUGAGGCGUUUUCCGAUGCUUGGCAUUCUGAUGCAGCAGCAGUCGGGAGCGAUGGCAUUUCAAGAAUUCGUGGAAAGAUAUAUAUUUCUCCAAGGCUAUGGUAUUUACGAGUGAAUAUAAUCCAGUGUCAAGAUUUGAUUAUAAGUGAUAAAAGUAGACCUCCUGAAGUUUGUGUGAAGGUCGUUCUAGGAAAUCAGGCUUUGAAAACUAAGAUUUCUCCUGUGAAGAGUGCGAAUCCAGCAUGGAAUGAGGAUUUGGUAUUUGUCGUUGCGGAACCAUUCGAGGAGCCUUUGGUUAUAACUGUGGAGGAUAGAGUUUCAUCUAACAAAGAUGAGAUCUUAGGAAAGUGUUUAAUGUUGUUAAACUCUGUCCCGAGGAGGCUGGAUAAUAAGCCUGUCGGGGCCAAGUGGCAUAAUCUUGAGAAACAUUUCGUCGAAGGGGAAAAGAAGGAGAUUAAAUUUGCUAGUAAGAUUCAUAUGAGGAUCAGUUUGGAUGGUGGCUAUCACGUAUUGGACGAGUCUACGUAUUAUAGCAGUGAUCACAGACCGACUUCAAAGCUGCUAUGGAAAUCCAGCAUUGGAAUUCUUGAGCUGGGAGUAAUAAGCGCCACUGGCCUUUCAACAAUGAAGACGAAAGAUGGCAGGGGAACUAGUGAUGCGUAUUGUGUAGCCAAAUACGGUCCAAAAUGGAUCCGGACCAGGACAAUCAUCGAUAGUACGUCCCCUAGAUGGAAUGAACAGUACACCUGGGAAGUAUUCGAUCCUUGUACUGUGAUUACAAUUGGGGUGUUUGAUAAUGGCCAUUUACAAGGAGGGGGAAAGGAUGGGUGCAUUGGAAAGGUUAGGAUUAGGCUAUCGACCCUUGAAACAGAACGUGUUUAUACACACUCAUAUCCUCUAGUUGUCUUGAAACCUUCCGGUGUGAAAAAGAUGGGUGAAGUUCAAUUAGCCGUCAGGUUCUCGUGUACGUCUUAUCUCAACAUGCUACACAAGUACACGCAUCCAUUGUUACCGAAAAUGCAUUAUGUUCAUCCAUUGUCGGUAACUCAGUUGGAUAUCUUAAGGCAUCAGGCUAUUCAAAUAGUCUCGAUAAGGUUGGGUCGAGCCGAGCCACCGCUGAAGAAAGAGGUCAUUGAGUAUAUGCUUGACGUUGGAUCACACAUUUGGAGUGUAAGAAAGGCUAAAGCAAACUUCAUGAGAAUAAUGAAUGUAAUGGGAGGGGUGCUUGCUAUAGGCAAAUGGUUUGAUCAAAUAUGCCACUGGAAAAAUCCCCUAACAACUAUUCUUAUUCACAUACUCUUUGUUAUACUAGUCCUUUAUCCCGAACUGAUUUUUCCGACGUUGUUUCUCUACCUCUUCUUUAUUGGCAUCUGGCGCUACCGAUGGAAACCAAGACACCCUCCUCACAUGGACAUUCGGCUUUCUCACGCUGAUGCGGUAGGUCCAGACGAGUUGGAUGAAGAAUUUGAUACGUUCCCAACUUCAAAGGGAUCUGCAUUAGUGCGAAUGAGAUAUGACCGUCUGAGGAGUAUAGGAGGAAGGAUUCAGACUGUUAUUGGUGAUUUGGCAAUGCAAGGGGAAAGAUUUCAGUCACUUUUAAGUUGGAGAGAUCCAAGGGCCUCUGCUUUAUUUGUUGCAUUCUGCUUAUUUGCUGCCAUAGUUUUGUAUGUUACACCAUUCCAAAUUGUGGCUCUUUUGGCUGGUUUAUAUGUGUUAAGACAUCCUAAGCUGCGCAGUAAGGUUCCAUCAUAUGGUACUAAUUUCUUCAAGAGGCUGCCUGCUAAAUCAGACUGCAUGUUGUAG